ACACACAUUUGCGAAGCGUUCUGAGUAUUUGGUAAAGACCUAAAGAGAUAUCCGACGAACCUCCGGCAAACCCCAGCUUCUACUCCGAGCGACCCUUCUUCCGACUCCUCUUACGCCGCCAGGAUCUCACCCCCGUUUCUCAAGCUCCAACAAUCUCCACCAGUACUCAAGUUACUCCAGGAGAUGACUUCUACAAGCGGUGCGAAGAUCUCAAUGUUUGGUGGUGCCAAGACUGGAUUUGUUAUCCCUAAGAACAAAUUAUCUGGAUCAUUAGUCCCGAUUUUUCAACGUGGCACUACUAAUAAGACCCUAGAAGGUGCUGAUAAAGAUAGUGGACUUCACUCGAAGCUGGGGAAGAGAAAGACUAAAUGGGGUCCUGACUUGUCACAAGAUAUUGGAGUCAAGAAAGCUCGAGUUUUAGCUUACCAGAAACGCCUGGAUCAAAUUACACAGCGACUGGCAUCGGGAACUCUUGAAGUGGAGACUAAUAGAGAAUCAGCUUUAGCUUCACAGAACAGCAAUGAUAUGAGUAUUGCUGAACAGCUGGAGUUUGAGAAGCGCGAAGCAAUCGUCAGAUAUCAUCUGACACUUACGAAAAAGUGGAUGCAGCAAUUGCUGUAAUUGAGCUACUUAUGUCUUCAGUUUCUGGAAACACGGGAGCUGGUGCUGCUCCUUCAUCUUCCAGAUCUGAAGAUAUUUCAACUACUCCAGUCCUGACCUCCGAACAGCCAACUGAUAGCUCUUUACAACCUCCUGAAAGCCAACUCCAACAGCAUGGUUCUUCCUUUCCUUGGGCUUCAAAUCAAGCUCCAUUUCAUCCACCUCUUAUACCCUCUGCUUCAGGUCAUGGUUAUAGUAUCCAGGAGCAAGAACUGCCAUCCAAUUCUAUGAACCUGAAUCCUCUUUCUGCUCAACAAUCAUAUCCAGUUCCUCAUGACACAUCAUUACCUCCUGGUUCCCACAUGCCUCGACCGCCAGAUUCGUUCGCUUUUAACCUUUCCAACACACCAAGGGCCUAUUCUGUGACUGCGCCUCCAUAUGCUGGCAGUCAGAUACAACCAAUAGGACAACAUUCUACUAUGAGGCCAUCAACCCUAUUUACUUUCCAACCUGUACAUAGACCAACUUUGUUGCCAGACAUAGUCUCAAGCAACAUGGCCCAAUCAGUACGGCCUCUGGCUCAUAACUUUAGUCCACAUCCGGUAGCUCAUCAGCAAGAUACUGAACAACCACCAUCAAUUCCCUUUCCCACAAGUAUAAAUCUGAAACAUCUAGCAGAAUAUGGUUCUGGUGGUUCUAUGCGUCCUAUGUCAGUGUCAGCACAUAUUACUGGCAGGCCUGCUGGUCUUGCUCCUACUUAUCCUCCCCAAGAUCGUCCCAUAAAUACAGCUCCUAGGCCAUUUUCCGGAGAUUUUGGUUUCCUACCACAACAGCCAAACGUUGUUUCCACACCACAUAUAUCUCCUAGACCCAACUCUCAAUCAGCUCAUCUCCCUCAUCUGUCAUUUCAAGCCCCAUCCGUCACUCUAAACCCUCGACAUCUUGGACAAAAUUUCACAAGAUUACAGCACUUCGACAGGCAGAUGGAACAACCCUUGAGCCAUCCAUCUACGCCAUUUCAUGGUAACGCGAGAUCUUCCAACUUGCAGAACUUUGGACCACCAUCGUCUCAUCAGAUGAUGCCGAGGAACUUCCCUGGAGCUCAAUUCCCUCAGCAUUCUACUCAUUUCCCUCCAAGACCAGUCUUUCAUCAUGAUAACCUAGUACCGCGUGGCCAGCCACAGAUUCGCCACCGGUUCAACUCUGGAGUCCAUCAAGUGUAUGACCCGUUUUCACCCGGUGAUGUUUAAUUCAGUAGUCUGUUUUCAGUUGUAUGUGAAGGAUAGGACAUUGUAUGUUAUUUUCAGAACAGAAAUUACGAAACGUGUGUUCACGUUCAUACUUAAUUUCAGGAGACGCAAGAUUUUCUUUUGUUGUUGUA